AUGGCUGAUAUACUCAAGGACGAUAUUAUAAAAGACGAAGCGAAUAUGAAGUGGCAUUUACGUAUUCUGAACAGAUCCAAGAAAGUCAAAAGGAGUGUCUUCCGAGCUUUAAGUCGUACUCAGUCAUCUAUGAGAGAUGCUUUUCAUGCUACUUCGUUCCGUAUGAGCCGGAUAGGCUCAGAACGAUAUAACCGGUCGUUAAGUCGAAGCGUAACGAUGGGAGUUAGAGCAGCCGCAUCUAUCUCUGAACAAUCUCGUGCCAUCGUACAACAUCCAAGUUUUGACUGGGGGGUGCUGUUGGCUGUUACAGUUAACGCGGUUGUUUUAUGUUUGUACAGGUAUGGCAUGUCGAAGGAUCUCUUAUAUAUACUCUGUAUCCACAUUGCUGUUUGCUUCUUGCUUUUCACUUUGCUGGCCCUUAACUUGACAACUUUAGAUGGCAUUCAAGCUGUGCUUCUUGUCACUUUUGCCGCCGAGUUGCUACUGCGAUUUCUUGCUUUCGGCCCGCCCACAUUUUACGAGGACAAGAUGAACAUGGUAGAUCUGUUUGUUGUAGCGGUCUCUGCUGGAGCUCUGGUUUCACGAGCGUAUCCAAAUAUCAGCGCGUUUCGAAUUAUGCGAUGGUUCUACCUGUCAAAGAAAUACGUUGACAAGCAUCCUUCCGUUGUGUAUUAUAAGUUUGCGGAUGGCUAUCCUCGUGCACACCACGAUUCUAUGCUCCAGACUAUGCUUCUGUGGUUCUCGGUAACCACCGCUGAAGGCUGGCCGAAUCAAAUGUGGAACUCCAUGCGACCCGGGGUGCUAUAUAAGUACGUUGCCUUGAUCACUUGUAGUCAAAUUCUUAUGAGUGUUGUUUAUGUGCAGCGGAGUGGCGCCCUUUCUUUACGUUUUCUACUUCGUUUUAACAGUCCAUAUUAUUAUGAACCUCAUCAUUGCCGUUCUACUGGAGAAAAACGAGCUUACAGACAACCAGAAGAAGCAAAUACAAAGGGUACGUCGGCUCAAGCUCUUGACAAAGACGUAUUCUGUGACAUUUUCCUGCAGACAGAGCACAUGAGGUUGAUCAGGCGCAUGCAAAGCAGAGUUUUCACGAGAAGUGGAAGCUGGGUUGUUGGUGCGGUCGAAGGAAUGAAAACAGGUCUUGGAAAUCUGGCGUAUCGAGUUUUAAGCAUGAACGUUAGACCUGUGAAAACGCAAAGCAAGAAGCAAAAACAUCGUUCUCGACGCAAGGACCGGGACUCUGGCAAAGGACAGGAUAAUCUGGAGGCAGUGUCUACUGCAGCUGCAGAGCAAACCAGUGCCAGCUCGACUGAGCCGCAAAGACGACGCAGCCGGAAUUCUCAGAUUUUGCAAGCUUCUGGAUUUCCCCCUAACAUUGGAGAGAAGCGAGGGUCGAGAACUGCACUUGAGGAUGCUGUGUUAACUCUUGCCGACAUCACUAAGCCUCCGUCCUUCAAAUCUCCCAGCUUGCUUCUUAGCAGAGACAUGAGCAGAAAAGGCUCGGGUAAAAGGCAGUCGUUCCAGUUAUCGGACUAUGAAGAGCUUGAAAAGAACAUCGACAGCAUCGAAAGGCCAUGGUACCUGCAUGAAGGCUCUCUUCUCUUGUUCGGAGAGAAGAGUCACCUGAGAAAGCAUUGCAAAGCUAUCGUCGAGAGCAAGUGGUGGGAAUGGUUUUCUAUAGCUUGGGUUGGCAUAGGUACGUGGAUUGUCAUCGAGAUGCGGGCAACUGGGGAGCCGGUUUUCAUGCUGGAGCUGCUGCUCAAGGUUAUAGCCAACGGUUUUAUGUUCUCGCCGGAUGCCGUCCUAAACGACCCGUACAACAUCCUCGAUAUUUUCAUUGUUAUCAUCGACGCGGUCAAUCUUGCCACCUGGGGUGAGAAAUCCAGAAGAGCUGUUCAUGCCUUGACGGCAUUGCGGCCAUUCCGCUUCAUCAGUAGGAUAAGUGGACUGCGCUCCUUAAUGUCCAACCUGGUCAAGACGCUUCCUGCCAUCAUCGCUGUGCUGCUAUUCACAUUUAUGCUCUUCGUGACUUUCGGCUCCAUCGGGAUCCAGCUCUUUCGAGGUCGUCUCUACUUUUGCAACGACAGCAGAAUAUCUCAUCGAGCCUAUUGCACCGGGCACUACUACAACAAUGUUGGCGUUUACUCUCCGCGGGCCUGGGUAAAUCCGAACUUCCACUUUGACGACAUUGGUAAUGCUUUUCUCUCUUUAUUCGUCUGCUCUACCUUCGACAAUUGGGUAACGAAUUGGCUGUAUCCAGCAAUGGAUAUUGUUGGUGAAAACAAGCAGCCGCAACGGGACAACAGCCCGGCUUAUGCCUUGUACUUCGUGGCGUUCUGCGUUUGCGGAGGAUUUUUUAUCAUCAGGGUGUUCAUCGGAGUUUUUAUAAACGAGUUUGGAAAGAAUUCUGGGUCGCUGCUCUUGACGGAGAGGCAGAAGCUAUGGCGGGACAUGAACCGUAUUAUUCAGAAGCUAAAACCAGGGGCACUGCCACGACCACCGAAGAACUAUAUCAGAAAGCUGUGCUUCUAUGCGAUCCGGAACCGGCAUUACCAGAACACUAUGAUUGUUUGCCUUCUUGGUUACUCUGGACUCUUGGCUACGAACUAUGCCGGCCAGCCAGCGUAUGUAUCCAAUCGCCGCCAGAAAGCUCAUUGCGCGCUCACUGCGUAUUUUUUGAUGGAGUCAUUGACCAAGUUUCUCGGCGACGAGUUUAGAGUUUACAGAUACGAGUAUUCAAGACACAUAGAGGCUGUGAUUUCCAUCUUAGCAGGGGCGGGAUUGAUGGGAUUGAAGGGAACACCCAGGGGUUAUGUUGGCCGGUUUGCUUACAUUGCUCGGGUGUUUUGCAUCAUUCCUCACGUACCAAGAGCUCGGGUCAUUAUGAGAGUGAUGUUCAUAUGCUGCCCGACUAUAGGAGAGAUCAUGGCUCUUCUGGGGAUUUUCCUCUUCUUGUUCGCUGGAAUCGGUUUCCAGAUGUUCAGCCAAGUCGCGGAUGGAGCUUGUAUUGGUCCGCUGGUAACGACGCUUGACAACUGGUCGUGCAUUAUGGCCGACGCGAUGCUGGGUACUCCAAAAUGUACCGAUGGCAACACCAUGCUGAAGAACGACUGUGGUUAUCCUUUUGCGGGAGUGAUAUACUUCGUCUGCUUGAUCGUGGUGGCAAGCCACAUCUUCAUGAACCUGUUUGUAGCCGUGAUUCUCGAUGCCAUCACUUUUGGAUUGGUGAACGAGAAUUCAAUGGUGACGCCGGAGCACCUUCUCGCGUUUAAGUCUCUAUGGGCUGAAUUGCCUUUCGAUCCCGAGUAA